GUAUGUUUGUGUGACUGACAAGCGGGAAAACAUGAUGAAACAUACCUCACACACGUCUUUGAGGUAAAUACUGAUUAACUCAUUAAGAAAGAUAAACUUAAUGAACAAUUAACUUCUUAGAUAGUAUUUUGAAAGGCUUUAAUCCUUCAAGUAAAACCUAACAAAUACUAAUUAUCUGCUCCCCAUAGUGAAGGUUAUAUUUUUAACAUUUUAAUCCUUCAUAUGCAACGGGAUAUACAACACAAGAAAAUUUUAAUGAAAGAAGUUGAAUAUGUAAAACAACAAGGAUUCUGAGUCUCAAGGUUUAUGGCGAUGCAUCGAAGCAACAGUUCGCAGGAGAAGGGUUUAAAGAAAAUUGUACUCGCGACACGUUUCGAGAAGAAGAAUGUGAAUUUGAUGAAAAUUGUGUCUGUUUUGACAUCUUUGUCGACGUUUUGUAUGUGCGUAUACAUUGCAGUUAGUUCCGACUGGAUUGAUAAUGAUCGCUACGAUGAAACAAGAGGGUUAUGGAUUUCGUGUCUUCUCAACGAGUGCUAUGAUAUUGAUCAUUCCUACGUACAAAUAUUCUACAGUGUAAGAACAGAAGCGCCUGAUUGGAUAAAAAAUGGAGAUAUACCAGGAUGGUUGACGUUUUGUCGUUUUGGCGUCAUCGUGUCGUGCGUGUUGUCGUUUUGUGGAUUCAUACUGUCAUGCGUAACUUUGUUAAACCGUUAUGUGUAUGGAUAUAUUUCAAGUUUUUUUCUUCUAGCAACUUUUGUGCUCCUAGGAAUAACGAUAUAUUUGUUCCAAAGUAACACUGAUUGGUACGACGAACGUGUUUCUUGUGGUAAGGGGUACACAGUGGGGUGGUGUACUACCUUCCUUGCAUUCAUAGCAACAUUCAUGGGAUUCUGCUCCUUCUAAAGAUUUUGUUAGUUGGAAGCUUCGUGUAAAAGCAUGCACAUUAAAAUUAACUUUAUAUAUAUGUUGAAUCAAAGAAUGGUUUCUAAACAGAAGAUAUAUUUGACAUCUAACAGUUUAUAUGCAAUUACAGAUAGAAGGCAUGUAGCCUGUAUAGAAAAUGUAUAUUUUUUAUUUUUGCAAACAUAAAUUUAUAUCUCUAAGCCUGCGGGUACUAUCCUGGUUCCGUAGUAUUAAAUAAUUCGUUACAAAUAUAAUUUUUUACUUUGUAGCAUUUUCUGUUUACGUCUAGGUCUAGCAUGCACACUUGCGUUAGUUUACAUUUUUAAAAAGCUAUUCAUAUAAAUGUUUGUUGAAUUUUAAUAGCCAAUCAUUUUCACAGUUUAUAUUAAAAGCACUAAGCCGUGCGAAAAUCAACGUUGCUACUCUUGUGACUUUUCUUCAGUUUCUUUAGUUGUUUCUCAAGCUUUAAUAAUGUCCAACUGGUCCAACGAAUGCAGGUUACUUCACGUAGAGACAGCUUCGUUCCCAGGGCAUCUUUUCUCGUUUCCGAGACAAAGGUGAUACGAGCAAUUUUGUGUACACCAUACUUGAAGUAGCGUAGGAUGCAACGUGUGGUCCCACUACAGAUUAAACAUCUUGUAAAAAGUUUUUUAUGAUGUAUAAACUGCUUAGGGCUUCAAAAAAGAAAUUUCUAUGGUAAACCUCGAUUCACGAAAAACAUUUUGUGUAUCAAGAGGAGGCUAUGAAAAUUGUAAAGUUACUUUUUGUUAAUUCAAAUAUUACAUUUUGUC